GAGUGCUCUGAGAAGCCAGCGCUGAAUUUUCUACCCCGUUUUUUUUUUUUUUUUGCUGAAGAGUGUCUCCCGGCAGACGUUUGAUUGGCCUGCUGCAGACCGGCAUGAUGAACCAGGGUCACACAGAAGCAGAGACGGAGAGCUCUGAGCCCCUGCGCUACCUGAGCAAAGUAGAGGCGGCUGCCAUAGAGACAGAGCUGCUGAAGGACUAUCGGUUCGGGCAACAGCAGCUGAUCGAGAUCUGGGGCCACGCCUGUGCCAUCGGCAUUGCCAAGGCCUUCCCGCUGAGUUCGCUGGGUAAGAGGCAGCCCACGGUUCUGGUGGUGUGCGGUCCGGAUCAGAAUGGCUGCAUCGGGCUGGUGUGCGCCCGACACCUGCGCAUGUUUGAGUAUGAGCCCACCAUCUUCUACCCCAAGCGCUCCCCCCACACCGUGCAUCAGGACUUCACAGUUCAGUGUGAGAAGAUGGACAUCCCCUUCCUCUCUUACCUGCCCACUGAGGUGCAGCUCAUAAACGAUGCCUAUAACCUGGUGGUUGACGCCAUUCUGGGACCCGAGACGGACCCCGCGGACGUGAGAGAGCCGUACGCUGGGAUCCUCCUCACCCUCAAGCAGGUCAAGAUCCCCAUCGCCAGUCUGGACAUGCCAUCAGGUUGGCACAUGGAGGGCAACAACACCGAGGGCAUAAACCCGGACGUGCUCAUCUCCCUCAUGGCACCCAAGAAGUGCGCCACCAGCUUCUCCGGGAAGCACUUCCUGGCCGGCCGCUUCCUGCCCUUUGACCUCCAGAGGAAGUACGAGCUAAACCUGCCGGACUACUCCGGAACAGACUGCCUGGUAGAACUGUAA